AUGAUCUCAGUAGUGGGGAUGACAAUGGAUCCUCCUCCACAGCAAGCGCAAACAUCCACUUCUAAUAUCGAACGUCCCUUGCGAUUACUUGUCAAAGAUCGUCUAUUCACAAUUGAAUCGACAAUUAUUGCCAAACUUUCGCCUAUAUUUGCUGGAAUUAUGGUCUGUCCAGACAGUAACUCAUCUAAUACAGCUGAUAGUGAUGACCAGCCUUUAAGAGAAAUUGUAGACGAAAGCAGCGAAGAUAUCGCUACAUUUUUAAAUUGUUGUAACGAUGCUAAUCUUAUAGAUGAAAGCAAUUUUGCGACAGUUCUUCGCUUAUCGAGGAAAUAUCAAGUAAGCUCGUUGAUUGAAGCUUGUGAAGAAUUCAUUUCCAGUAAAUGCAAUUUGGAUGCAUUAAAACCAGAUCAAGUGGUAACAUUAUUGAUUGUAAGCAAUGAAUAUCAUCUGUGUAAAGAAGUAAUGGUCAAACUGAUCACCCGGAUCGCUUCUGAAGCCAAAAAUGAUUUAGCGCGUUUAAAGCUAAGCAGAUUACUACCACCUCAAUUACAUGGUUCAAUAGUAACAGCAAACUUAAAUAUUACCCAACUCAAAGAAAUUGAGUCGAUGAACGGUCAUAUGUUCAAGAUGAACCGAUCCGUAACGCUGUACAGACGGAUGGCUUGUGAGAUGUGUAAGAGAAUUACGGAUUCUGCAUACUGUGGAGGUUGCAAGAAAGCAUUUUGCAAAAAUCACUGGACCCGGAAUAGGUGCGCAAGCAAUUACGGACAGCAUAUGAUAGAUGAACUGCGACAAAAUUUGGUUGAAUUGGAAUACGAAUAGAUGAAGCUUUAUACUUUUUUCUUUUGUGAAAUGAAAUUCUUUGUACUGCUUAUCUGUAUUUAUUCAAUUUAAACAUAGGGUG